ACAACAAGGGCCGUCUUGAAAGCAGAAGCCUAGCCUGAGCUCAUUUCAGAACGCUUAAAUGCUUUUAUCCUUCUUAACAUUUGGCUUUAACCCUGUCUGCACUGCUGCGGAGAAGUUUUCUGUGCCAAAUGUUAAUGCCGCCUUUCACAGAUCGCCCAAGCCAUUUGCAAUCCACGUUGACCGGGGCAUUUUAUUGAAGACACUCGGCACGAGUCGCACACACAAGGGCUCCUGUGUUUAUGGACGCGAUAGGUGGCGGCCCUAGAGCUGAAAUCUUCACUGUUUGGGAUUUCUGGGUCAAUAAGUAUAGAGUUUUAUAAGGCUAGAACAGUUCACAGCCAUUCUAUAACCGGUGAU